UUGCGCCCCCCCCUUCGCAUGAACGGAUCUGAUUUUGUAAGGAAGUGUGGAUGCCUACAUGGGUGGAACGUCCGUUUAUAUUGUUUUCUAUAUUGCGUUUGCGGUUCUUUGCUGUCAUUUUCAAUUCGAGAAGUGUUCGUUGAUAAAAGCUGCAGGGGAAAGUAAAUAAGACCGAGUACAUUGAGACUCCUUGGUUAAAAUUUUAUCUGCGUAUACAGAUGGUAACCCGAAGGUAGAUAAAUAGCUUAGGUAAAACGGUUAUACUUCGUUAUUGGGCAUUUCCGCAUAUACUGUAAUAUUGUAUGAACAUACGCAAGGACACUUUCGUCGUCUGUGCAUAUGACCGUAUACGUAAAAGUUGGGAAAAAAGUACAUUAGUCAUAAUAAAGAGACCAGGAUGUCUCAUCGUUCGAACCAAGUAUUAUGUAGUGUCACUCAAGAAUAACCUAUUUGUAUAGGUAGUAGUUAUUUAAACACAACAGGCUCUUUCUUUCACUUGGACAUGGCUUCACUGUCAUUGCCGCGAGUUCUACAGCAAAGAAAAACUAGCCUUGAAUUGGAACGUGAGAACUUUGAAAAAUUUCAGAGCCUUGGAACUCCUGCAUGAUAUACAAGAGCGCAGAUUGUCACAUAUUUACGUCAUACAUUCCAGGGUGUUGAAACAAUGAAUGCACGACUCUACAAUACAAAUUUUGUUCGCCGUUAGUGCAAUGCUGUAAAUUUUAUGUCAUAAUCAUAUUUAUACCACUAACAUGCCGCCUAUACCACUUACCGACAAGCAAUUCCAGCAACUGAGUAUAAGUAUUGGGAAAGCAGUCAAUCCCAUUGAAGCACCAGUCAAGGAGAAACAUGUGCGCAGUGCAAUUAUUGGUACGUUCCAAGAAAAAGGCGCGGGAACCUUUUGGAUGUUCGUAUUGCGUCAGCCGCUUCAAGAAAAUCGUAUAGUAGCGUGGAAAUUUUGUCAUGUACUGCACAAAGUAUUACGCGAAGGCCACGCACGAUCUAUUUCUGACUCUCAAAGACAUCGCGGUAAACUAGAAAAUCUUGGAAAAUAUUGGCAACAUCUUCGCGAAGGAUAUGGCAGAUUGAUUCAGACGUAUAUCAGAUUACUCGUCACAAAAUUAGACUUUCAUAAACGCAAUCCGCGCAUACCAGGAAAUCUUCAACUUACAGCAGAUGAGCUUGAGGCCAUCGGAGAAAAUGAUAUCAACAUAUUCUUCCAAUUGUCCGUCGAGAUGUUUGAUUAUAUGGAUGACAUCCUUAGUUUACAACGUGCAGCGUUUGACUCUUUGGAUAUGUCAAAAUCCAACUCAAUGACUUCUAGUGGUCAAUGUCGUCUAGCGCCGUUAAUACCUUGCAUUCAAGACGCAUCUCAGCUUUACGACUACUGCGUAAAAAUUCUGUUCAAGUUACAUGGCGCACUCCCAGCCGACACCCUAACAGGUCAUCGUGAUCGAUUCUCUAAACAAUUUGAAGAAUUGAGAACUUUUUACAUUACUAUCAAGCAUAUGCAAUACUUUAAACAAUUGAUCACCAUACCGUCAUUGCCUGAGCACCCACCAAAUUUUUUGAUACAAGCAGAGCUUCGCACUUAUGUAACACCUGUAGUAACACUUCCACCAGAAGAACCAUUAGAUGCAGACUCCGCUGUCGACAGUCUCAUUGAUACUUCAGAAACAAACUCUCUAGCAGGGGAUCAGAUUGACUCAACCAGAAAUGGUUCUAUAUCCCCUGAUGUAUUAGCUGAAAGAGAUAGCCUGAUCGAUCAUCUUCACCAAGAGAAUGGAAGACAGAGACAAGAGCUUCAUAGACUAUUAACUGAACACCAAAGAAUUGUUGAAUCAUUGCGCAGUCGUAUAUUGGAACUGGAAUCUAUUCUCACGGACAAAGGUAAUGAAAUAAUUCUAGAAAAGCAGCUCAGUCACGAUCUGCAGAAUCAAAAAACCAGUCUUUUAUCCAAGUUCCAAGAAGUCACUGACAAGAAUAAAACGUUGGAAGAGAAGUUUCAAAAACUGAAAGAAGUCUAUUCGAAACUGAGGGAAGAACACAUCAGUUUAAUACGAAAAAAAGCCGACGUUGACAAACAAUUAGGCAACAUAAAGAUUUUGCAUGAACAGUCAGAAAGGCGCGGCCUUGAGGCUGACCAACGUUUGCAAGAACUUGUACAGGGUCAGGCGACGGCUGAGCAAGAAAUGCAAAGAGUAGCACAGGCUCGUGCAGAGUUGGAUAAUGUUAGAACACAAUUCGAUGCAGCUAAGACUGAAAACUUGGCACUUGUAGCAAAAAUCGAUUUUGUAACAUCUGAGAAAGCUGUAGUGGAAGGUGAUCUGCAUGAUUUGUUGACACAAAAAGAAGAACUAGAUGUGAGGAUAUCUGAACUGCAGUCAGAAGCUGCACAUUCAAAAGCUCAACUUAAAACUGACACUGAUGCUGCUCUCUAUGAAUUACUUUUAAAUUGCAUAUCUGAAGCAGAUGUGAUUUUACAAACUGCUAUACAUGGAAUUGACAAUCCUGCGAUAUCAACGGUGACAUGCACUCCUGAUUAUCUUAGAAGUUUAGUUGAACCAGCCUUGCAGAGUUUGGAUGAACUGGACACUGUCUAUCACAGUUAUUUACUAGAUUCGUCUCAACGUGGGCAACUUGCUCGCAACUCUAUACACACAGCCUAUGUCUUGGCCGUUUAUUUGAUUCAUGCCAAAAGCACCUCAAACACAGCCACAGACAUAACAUUUGGAGAUCGAUUGACUGACGAAUGUAAGCAGCUUGGUUCUCAAAGCUUGAUAAUGUUGAGCAAUAUCAAAGAGAAGGCAACCUCAGUUACUGACCAAAUUGUUAUUGUCAAAAACAAAUUGAAAGAUAUUUCUGCACAAGCAGAUACUUUGAUAAAUACGCAAAGUAACGCCGAGGUUAUCGGCGAUUUAGUUGAAAACGAGCUUAUGGGAAUGGACAAAGCGAUUGAGGAAGCUGCCGCGAGAAUUCAGGACAUGUUGAACAAAUCGCGUGCAGCUGAUUCUGGCUUGAAGUUGGAAGUGAAUGGAAAAAUACUAGAUUCCUGUACAGAACUGAUGAGGUGCAUUCGAGUAUUAGUGAAGAAAUCCAGAUUAUUACAGACUGAAAUUGUAGCUCAAGGAAAAGGAACAGCUUCCGCUACCGAAUUUUAUAAACGAAAUCACCAAUGGUCAGAGGGUUUGAUCUCUGCAGCAAAAGCCAUUGCCAUGGGAGCUAAUUUCCUACUGGAAGCUGCUGACAAAGUAGUCGCGGGAAAUGGUAAAUUUGAACAACUGGUCGUAGCAUCUCAGGGCAUUGCUGCUUCUACCGCACAGCUGGUAGUAGCCAGUAGAGUGAAAGCAGAAAGAAACAGUACCAAUUUGGUAGCUCUUUCAGAAGCAUCAAGGGAGGUAACACAGGCAACUGGAGGUGUCGUUGCUACAGCUAAAAGCUGUAGUCAACUGGUGGAGGAAAAUGAGGACCUUGACAUGUCUGGACUGAGUUUGCAUCAAGCAAAAAGAUUGGAAAUGGAAGCACAGGUACGUGUUUUGGAACUGGAACAAGCGUUGCAGAAUGAAAGGUUGCGAUUAUCAGCACUGCGUCGUCAUCAUUAUCAAAUGGCUGGAGAUAACGAGGGAUAAAUACGAGUAAAUGUUAGUGAAGCCAAAGAAACGAUAAGAUAGUUUUUUUUUUUGCUUGGUAAACCAGUUAUUGUUUACGUACCUAAAAGUCAAAAUUUUAUAUAGAGAUGUAGGUAUAAGCAGUAUUUUCUCACGUGAGUUUUCAAAUUAAUAAUGAUUCUUUUUUAUAUCAUUACACGUCGUUAGACGAUAUUGAAAGUGAAAAGAAUUAAAACAAUGAUUCAUAACUGAAACAAUGUACACCAAUGACAUGUAUCUAGGGAGUUAUAAAUGAUAGGUUUAUAUACCGAGAAUGCAGAAUUAUUAGUUGUAAAAUAAAGUACGGUAAUCCGUGGCACACUGCCGUUAAAGUUAACCGAACGAAUUAGUUAACGAAUUGUUAUUCUCUAUUAGAAAGUAUUAAAACAUAUAAUUUAAAAGUAUGCAUAGUAGUUUUUACCAAGCAGUGAAUAAAAUAAAAUAUUUUAUUGUACUUGAGAUUAUGUAUAAUAUUGCAAGGUUGAGUUUACCGUACUGCUAUGUUAAUACUGGUCACCUGACAUAUGAAAGAGAUAUAAUGACUAUUCGCAUUUCAGGGGUUUUAAGAGAGCCAAACGAUUGUUUUGUGAAAGUGUAAAUUACGGGCUCGAUUGUUAAUUAUUUUGAUUACCACAUAACACUCGAGUUCUAUUUUCAGUAUGCGUAAUCAAAAAUAUUAUUAAUUUAUACACUAGAUGUAUCAGAUUUCAAAAUAUAUAACAAAAAUUCAUUA